AUGAUGAGGAGUGGGAGACCGGACCCACGAGGGAGUUGUGGAGGUGCCGCCAUGGACAAGAAGGAGGAAAUGCCCGCGUCGAAGGAGGACAAGCGUAAGAGAGAGAAGAAGCCCAAAUCCGUCAAGCUUUUCCGGAAGAAAUCACUCAAGUCCGUGGGGAGUUUAAUGAACAGAAUCAUGAAAACUCUUGGCACUUUCACCCACUUUGCAGACACGCAGGACGUGGAGGACGACGACGGGGGGUUUAAGAAUGGCGCACCUUGCACUCUCAGUGCCAGCUCAGGGAUCGUCAAAGAGGAUGUACAGGUGCCUCGGCUGGCCAAGAACCAUCCGCUUGGCAGGGACAAACUACUUUACCACUACGGAGACAAAAUGCCUGGCGUUCUGGGUUUGAAAAACCACGGGAACACGUGUUUCAUGAACGCCGUGGUCCAGUGUUUGAGCAACACCGACCUGCUGGCCGAAUACUUGGGACUGGAGAGGUACAAGUUGGACCUGAGUGACACAGCCAUCAACGGGUGUGCCAGGGCUGGGGAGACACACUUUGCGAACGGAGAGGUCACGGAGCAUUUGGCCUCGCUUGUUAGGGCUCUUUGGACUUUGGAAUAUACACCACAGCUGUCUGUGGACUUCAAGGCUAUCGUGUCAAAGUAUGGAUCACAAUUCCGUGGCAAUUCCCAACAUGAUGCCCUGGAGUUUCUUCUGUGGCUGCUGGAUCGCGUCCAUGAAGACAUCAAUCUGGCCUCACACAAUAAUAACAAUACAACCAAAGCUUGUGAUAAGGGUCCAGAUGAAGAGGAAAAUCUGCUACAUCCAGACCUGUCCCAUUCUCAACAGCUCACCCAACAUAGCUUUGUCCAGGAACAUUUUCAGGCACAGUACAAAUCUUCACUGACAUGCCCCCAUUGUUUGAAACAGAGCAACACAUUUGACCCUUUCCUUUGUAUCUCACUGCCAAUUCCUCUUCGACAGACCAGGCCAUUGUCUGUGACUCUGGUGUUCAGCACCAAAGGACAAAGGUAUCUGCGAGUCGGUCUCGCUGUGCCUCUGUUUGGCUCUGUCGCCUGCUUGAGGAGGAUGGUGGCUGAUGAGGGCAACAUUUCCCCAGAUCAGGUGAUCUUGACUGAGGUUUACUCCACUGGAUUCCAGCGCUCCUUCUUUGACGAAGACGAUCUGACCAGAAUAGCUGAAAAUGAUGUCAUCUAUGCCUUCCAGGCUCCGCCCCUCUACAUCAGAGGCGGCUCUGCACGAACAUCAGGAUACCAUCACAGUCUACCAUCUUCUACUUAUGCCACCGGUCCUGAGGGGAAAAGAUUACCUGCAUCUGGGGCGCUGUCUUCAGAAUUUCUCAACCAGGGCGUCCCUGUAAAGAUUUUGCUGUUGGUAUGCAACGCAGCAGGAGCAGGACAACAAACUGUGAGGUUUGGUCCUCCAUUCUUAAUGAGGGAGGACCGGUCCAUUUCCUGGGAUCAGCUCCAACAAAGCAUUCUGAGCAAGUUAUACUACCUGAUGAUCAAUGGGGCGCCGGCACAGAAUAACAGAGUGCUGUUUAACAUCCGGGUGGUUGGAGGAUCAUCAUUUUACAGCUACUUGUCACCACAGGACAGUCGGCCACUCUACCAUCCUGCUGUUGACAGAGCUCUGAAACUGUGCAGCCCAGGAGGACCGCCACAUGUGAAGCUCAUCAUUGAAUGGGAGUACAGAAUCAAAGACUGCCUAUUUGGUAACAUUCAGGAGGAGGUGGUGAAGGAUGCGGACAGUGUGAGGAAUCAGCAGCAGCAACAUGUCCAACAAUACAGUUGCACCUUAGAUGAGUGUUUUCAACUCUACACCAAAGAAGAGCAGCUUGCGCCUGACGAUGCCUGGAAGUGUCCACACUGUAAGCAGCUUCAGCAGGGCAUGGUGAAGAUGAGCUUGUGGACACUACCGGACAUCCUUAUCCUCCACCUGAAGCGUUUCCGACAAGUGGGCGAGCGGAGAAACAAGUUGACCACGUUCGUACAUUUCCCACUGGUGGACCUGGACAUGACGCCGCACGUGGUGAACCGCAACCACGGCAAUCAGUCUCCGCCACAAACUCAGCCAGGAUGGAAGCAGUCCAAGCGACCCGACCUGGCUCCCCUAGACUUCCUGUAUGAUCUGUAUGCUGUGUGCAAUCACCACGGUGGCAUGCACGGAGGGCAUUACACAGCCUUUUGUCGAAACUCUGUGGAUGGUCAGUGGUACAGCUAUGAUGACAGCAAUGCUGAGGCAGUUCCCGAGGGAGAUGUGUGCACACGGGGUGCAUAUAUCCUCUUCUAUCAAAGACGAAAGACCAUACCGCCGUGGUCUGCGAGCUCUUCAGUAACUGGCUCCACCAGCUCAACCACUUCCGACCACUGGCUCGUGCGACUCACAGGAAGUAGUGACAGAGGUGCCAUGGUGUCAGCAGCAUCCAUUUCUGAAACCCCAGGGCUCAUGCAUGCUUUGGAGUCUACUGAUCAGCCAGUGUUUGGAGAAGAACCCCGCAAAACAGCACACAUAAAUGGAUUUGAGUCCAAACCAUUUGUCCGUGGGACCCAGGCAAGGAGUGUCAGCAUGAGAUCGCCAACUAAGCUUAAGGAUCCUUUGAGCAAAGUCCUGCCUCUGAGGUGGUCAUUUGGAGCCAAGGACCGCAUGAAACAUUCCGUGGAGGCCCAGUCUGGGGAACUGGUAGAAUAUUUGGAGUCUGGCCGUCGUCCACGAUGUACCAAAGACCCCAUCGUAGAGCUGGUGGCCACUCCGCCGCAAAGGCAUGCCCAAGGAAGAGCCUUUGAGGGGGCGCAGGAGUGCAGCUCACCAAGCGGAAGCAGCCUUAGUUGCACAGAAACAUGCUAUUCUCCCAAAAUCCCAGAAGGACAAAGCAGGCCUGGUACGGACAGACACCUCAGCAACAACAUCAAAGGCAGGGAUGAUGGUUCCCUGAGGGUGAGGUCAACUCAUAAAAGAGCGAGACAGGAGCAAGGCAGGACUGUGGAUCUCCAACUCCAGAGAGUGGCCAUGUUAGGAACGCACCUUAGCCAUAGCGCACCGCCAAGCAGGGAUUCCACACUGAGAAAAAACAAAGUCCAUUUCAGUGGGGGCAGCAGAGCCCCGAAAGAAACAUUGCUUGCACAACCGGAAGGACAAAGGGGACGUGAGGAUCAGAGCCAAGAGAGCCUCGUGGCCUUUUUUAAACCUGCUUUCAUCAGGAAAGACAUUCCGAGAUCCCCGCUGAAAGAUCACGAAAGACGUGCCAACGGAUAUGGACAUUUGGGAAAGCUGUCAAGUGCCGAUUUUACCAAAUUGUCUCUCUCCAACGGAACGCUGACCUCGACGGCAAAAGACGAGCGAAAGGUCAACGUGCUCCCCUGCUGCAAGGUCCAGCUGUUAAACGGACAGGCCGCGUGCUACAACUGCGCUGAUAUCAAGCGCGCUCACAGCUCCGGCAACAUUCAGACAAAACUAGACGGGACGUUCCACAGAUGCGCCUCACUGCAUAGAAACGGUGACAUUACGGUCCCGCACCGUGUCCCACUCUCGGACAAGCCAAGCUUUGCCACCUUGCAGACGACACGAUUCAGUACCACCUCCCUGGGUAAGCAGCCAUGUUUGUAA